CUUUCUUGAAAAUUGCAUCCCGAGUGCCGUGAAUCAGCCCUCACGUUGUGUCCCGCCAUUGUUCGUCCCUUCGGCCGUACUGUGCGCCGACCGACUUCGAAGUAGCGACCUGUCACCAGCAGGUUUUUGGAAGACGCGCCUCCGAAGCUUAUAUUCUCCAACUGCUGCGCAACCAAAAGUGGCUCUCGCAUAUUCUUCCGCUGGAUUGAAAGCCAUGCACACCUGCUGAAGAGAGUGUUGACGUGGACGUGGUCUUGGAAAACGCCACAUUCGCGUACCCACGCUGGACAUCUGCGAGUCCCCGUAUUCUAGGCAUCUGCAGCGACAAAAACAAAGUCGAAGGCAGCUCUUGAACACUGUUGCACGAUAGCGAGACCAUGGCGGGCAUGGAGCAGCUCGAAGUCCACAGCAAGUCGUACCUCGUACGGUGGGUGAAUGUGUCUGCGGGGCACACCAUUUCGUGGAGCAUCCAGCCACAUAAGAAAUCCAUCAACUUUGGUGUAUUUAAACACCCCGGAGGAACUGGUGGCAUCACUCCGAAUCUACCGUCCUCUGCGACCUUCGAAGGCCCCUCCACCCCCGCUCUCGAAGUUCCUGGUGCGCGUGCACGCGGCUCGUCGAUCCCUACCUCGCGCAAUGAUCGAACAUUUGUGCUGGAGAAGCUGUCGGCCAUUGGUCUGAAGCAAGUGCAUUGGGCGGGGAAAUGCGAAGCGGACAAGGUGUCCGUGGGGACCUAUGAUGUACCCGAGGGUGAGGGUGGCAUGUACGGGCUGGUGUUCGAUAAUACAUUCUCGAAGACGGUGUCGAAAACUGCAACCUUCGUACUGAUGACAUAUCCUACCAAUGCUCCGCCGAAAUCUGGCCACCACAUGCACUACGCCCAAGCAAUGGCAGGAACGAGUACCACAAGCUUGUCGAGAUCAAGUCCAGGACUUGCACCAGUUACCGACUCUACCGAAUCACUACUAACAGAUCCACUGGGAGGGGGCAGGAAGUUCAGCGAACGGCCUAAGUCAUCGUACACGAUAACCCCACAGAGCUCAUCCUUUCUUACCGGCGUGCUUCAGAAGAAGAGAAGGAAAAGGAACCAAGGUUAUGCGAGGCGGUUUUUUUCAUUAGACUUCACUUCAUCAACUCUAUCAUACUACCGGAAUGACCAUUCCUCAGCCCUGCGGGGCGCAAUUCCACUCUCGCUAGCAGCUGUUGGAGCAAACGACAAGACGAGGGAGAUUUCAGUUGAUUCCGGGGCAGAAGUAUGGCAUUUGAGAGCGAGCAACAGGAAGGACUUCGACAUGUGGAGAGAAGCUCUAGACCGAGCAUCCCGGACUGCAGCAGGCUUGGCAUCACCUACUCUUGUCAUUCCGGAAAAUCAGUGGGAACCGACACCUCAUAUGGUUAACCACGCUGAAGAGCGUGAAUGGGCUAUGGUAGAAUCCCUUGUGGGUAGAGUUUCCGGCACGAGGGAUGCAGUGCGGAGGCUCGCUCAGGAUACGGACCCGAAGUAUCAAACGCCCACUGGUCUAGGAAUUAGCAGGUUGCAAGAGAGCCAUUCCCCUAGUCUAUCUGAAGCGGAUGCAGGAGAGUACUUCCCUGAUAUGGAAAAGGGACUAGAUCGGAAAGCAUUUUGGAAACGAAAGGCGAGCAGCUCUGGUCAUAGCCCAUCUGGUUUGUUCAGGAGAAGUGUCUCUGCUCAAAUGGCCGUGGCUGCUCCUACGACUAUACCUCCUGUUCCUCCUCUGCCGAACGGCAACCUUGCAGUGCCAAAGCGGAAUGGCCGGUUAAGCACCCAUUAUCAACCCCAAGAGGAGGGCGUUCAUGACCACUGCAUGGCCCUCCUCCGCGACCUCGACACUGUGGUAGAAGAAUUCUCCGCUCUCUUAGCUGAAAGUCGACAGCGUCGAACACCAGUCCCUACAUCUGCAGUCUCGCCUCGUCGAAGCAUGGACUCACAAUCCUCAGACGAAUUCUUCGACGCAACCGACGGCGAUACCGUAAAAUCCCAACUCCUCACCAUCCGCCGCGAUAGCGAAGACGACGAGCACGAACGUGACGAUGUCUCAGACGGCGAAUCCGAGUCUUCCAGCGAAGCUGGAGGCACUGGUGUCUUCGACCGGAUACCUCGUGAAGGCCAGCCCUCUCUUUUCCCUACGAAACCGAAAUCCCUUGCACCCCUUCCACACGAGCGUGUAAGGCGCAGAAUAAACGUCCCACCAUCAAAAGGCCAACCCCCAAGCCUAAUCGCCUUCCUGCGCAAAAAUGUCGGAAAAGACCUCUCCACAAUCGCCAUGCCGGUGACCGCCAACGAACCAACCUCACUUCUCCAACGCCUGGCCGAACAAAUGGAAUACAGCGAGCUCCUCGACUCGGCCGUCACAGCCAACCCCGAUAAUGGCGAACGUCUCGUCCACAUUGCCGCCUUCGCCAUCUCUUCCUUCAGCAACGCCCGCGUCAAAGACCGCGCCAUCCGCAAACCUUUCAACCCCAUGCUUGGCGAGACCUUCGAGCUGGUGCGCGAAGACAAAGGAUACCGCUUCAUCGCCGAGAAAGUCGUUCAUCGGCCCGUGCGCAUGGCAUGUCAGGCCGAAAGCCAGCAUUGGACGUUCAUCCAAUCGCCCACGCCCGUGCAGAAGUUCUGGGGCAAGAGCGCGGAACUGAAUACGGAUGGUCGUGCGCGAGUCUUCCUUCACGCAAGCUCCGAACACUUUUCGUGGACCGUGGCGACGAGUUUUCUGCGGAAUGUUAUUGCAGGGGAGAAAUACGUCGAGCCUGUUGGGACUAUGACUAUCAUUAAUGAAAACACAGGCGCGAAAGCAGUCUGUACGUUCAAAGCUGGUGGGAUGUUUGCUGGUCGCUCUGAAGACGUAUCAGUGCAGGUCUUUGACUCCUCGGGUGGUAUUCUGUCUAUGGGUGCACAGGGCAAAUGGACGAACGAGUUGAAUUUCACAUCGAAUGGCCAGCCGACGGGAAAAACUGUAUGGAGUGUAGGCGAUCUGGUGGAAAAACCUCAGCAACAUUACGGGUUUACAACGUUCGCAGCCGAGCUUAAUCAGAUUACUCCGAUUGAGCAUAACCGUCUCCCGCCAACGGACUCCCGCCGCAGACCCGACCAACGCGCGGCAGAAGAUGGCGACUUCGAUCGUGCCGAGGCGCUGAAAGCGAGGCUUGAGGAGAGGCAGCGUGCAAGGCGACGCGUGAUGGAGGAACAUGGGGAGGAGUGGCAGCCGAGGUGGUUUGUGAAGGUUGGGCAGGAGGAGGCGGGAGCGUUGGGGGAUGAGGAAGUGUGGAGAUUGAGAGGUGGGAAGGAGGGGUAUUGGGAGGAGAGGGAGAGGGGGGGAUGGGAAGGCGUGUUGGAUGUAUUCCAAGCGUGAUUAGAGAGUUAGUAUUAGGGACAAUGGCUGUGUAUUUGUCACUCUGGAUUAGAUCGGACUUAACAGGUUAGAUAGGAAGGACAGACAGAUGGAUCUCACAUCAAACACGGCUACGGUAGAGCGGGAUGUUUCUUUUGAAAAGAACCCACGCGGCGUUUUUAGAUGUUUAUGUAAUAGGUGGAGGAUAUCACAGAUGGAUGGAUUGGACUAAAAGACUGGUUGGUGCUUCAACAAAGAUAUUAUUUGCGACUGAAAU